UUCAGUUUUCGGGACUUUCCAGUCGAGCACAACCGACCAGUUCCAUUCGAACCAUUCUCCAUUUUACCUUCGAGGACUCAAGUCGACUACAACUCCCAACACUCGACUCGAUCCACGAUGGAAGGGCGGACUACCAGUACCGCCAAUGCAGAUAAACCCAAGCAGCUCAGCUACGACUCGGGUGCAUCUAUGAUGGCCCACGGUCCACACGAGCUGCAUUACCACAUGGCUACCAAGAUUGAGGCUGCACUGGGCCACACCAUGCCGCAAAUGGACAUUCGCUUCAAGCACUUGUCGCUCAGUGCCGAUAUCGUGGUGGUAGACGACAAUAGCUCCAAGCACGAGCUGCCGACCAUCCCGAAUGACCUCAAGAAAAUGUUCGUUGGACCCAAGAAGCGCACGGUGCGCAAGGAGAUCCUCAAAGACAUCAGUGGCGUGUUUAAACCGGGAAAGAUCACACUGUUGCUCGGCCAACCUGGCUCGGGUAAAUCUGCACUCAUGAAGAUGUUGAGUGGGCGGUUCCCCAUCGAGAAGAACAUCACAGUGGAAGGUGAUGUCACCUUUAACAACGUGCCUCGCGAAGAAGUGAUCGAGACGCUCCCGCAGCUCGUGUCGUACGUGAACCAGCGUGACAAACACUUUCCCACAUUGACAGUGAAAGAAACACUGGAGUUCGCUCACAAAUUCAGUGGCGGUGAGUUCAUUCGUCGUGGUGAAGAGCUGCUGUCUAAGGGCUCGGAGAAGGAGAACCUGGAGGCUCUGGAAGCCACCAAAGCCUACUUCAACCACUACCCGGAGAUCGUGAUCCAACAGCUAGGACUACAGAAUUGCCAGGACACUAUCGUUGGUGACGCGAUGCUGCGUGGUGUUUCCGGUGGCGAACGCAAACGUGUGACGACUGGCGAGAUGGAGUUUGGCAUGAAGUAUGUGUCACUCAUGGACGAGAUCAGUACUGGACUCGACAGUGCUGCAACUUAUGACAUUAUCAACACACAGCGCAGCGUUGCACACACUCUCCACAAGAACGUGGUCAUCGCGUUGUUGCAACCUUCUCCCGAGGUUUUCUCCUUGUUCGACGACGUCAUGAUCUUGAACGAAGGUGAACUCAUGUACCACGGUCCUUGUGACCAGGUGCAGGAAUACUUUGAGAGACUUGGCUUCUCAUGUCCGCCCGAGCGUGACAUUGCCGACUAUUUGUUGGAUCUCGGUACUGCAGAGCAGCACCGGUAUGAAGUGCCGAACUUUGCAACCAAGCAGCCACGUCGUGCCAGUGAGUUUGCCGACGUUUUCAAGCGCUCGGAUAUCCACCAGGAGAUGCUGAACGCGCUGGAAGCUCCACACGCUCCUGAGUUACUGCAAGUGGCGAGCGAGAACAUUAAACCCAUGCCUGUGUUCCACCAAGGCUUCGUGGAGAGCACGUUGACGCUGCUGCGUCGUCAACUCAUGGUCACGUACCGUAACAAGCCGUUUAUUUUCGGACGCCUGACGAUGAUUACAGUGAUGGGUCUUUUGUACUGCACGACUUUUUACCAAUUUGACCCAACCCAAAUCUCCGUGGUCAUGGGUGUUAUUUUCUCGGCGAUUCUGUUCCUCUCCAUGGGUCAAUCGUCCCAGAUCCCGACAUAUAUGGCUGAGCGCGAUAUUUUCUACAAACACCGUGGCGCCAAUUUCUUCCGUACAGCUUCGUACGUCUUGGCCACAUCGGUCAGUCAGAUCCCGCUGGCUAUUGCCGAGUCGCUGAUUUUCGGUACGUUGGUCUACUGGGUCUGUGGGUUUAAUGCGAAUGCGGCCCAGUUUAUCAUUUUCGAGGUGGUUUUGUUCAUCAUGAACCUGGCAAUGGGCAUGUGGUUCUUCUUCCUGUCCUCUGUGGGUCCCAAUGCCAACGUGGCGACACCUCUGGGUAUGGUGUCCACCUUGAUCUUCAUCAUUUUCGCUGGAUUUGUAGUGACCAAGAGUCAAAUCCCUGACUACCUUAUCUGGGCGCACUGGCUCAGUCCCAUCAGCUGGAGUCUCCGAGCUCUUGCAAUCAACCAGUACCGCUCGAGCGAGUUUGACGUGUGUGUGUACAACGGAAUCGACUACUGUACCCAAUACGACGGACUCACAAUGGGUGAAUACUAUCUGGGUCUUUUUGGAAUUGAAACCGAAAAAUCGUGGAUCGCGUAUGGGAUUAUUUACUGUGUAGUCAUCUACGUGGUUUUCAUGUUCUUGACCUUCCUGGCACUGGAAUUCCUGCGCUACGAAGCUCCCGAGAAUGUCGAUGUUUCGGAAAAGAUGGUUGAAGACGACUCGUACAUGUUGGUCAAGACUCCCAAGAGCAAGGACGACAAGAGCGACGUCAUUGUGGAACUACCUGUCGGUGAACGUGAGAAGAACUUCACUCCGGUGACUGUAGCCUUCCAGGAUCUGCAUUACUGGGUUCCGGAUCCGCACAACCCGAAGGAGCAGCUUGAGCUGCUGAAGGGCAUUAACGGAUUCGCUGUCCCUGGAUCGAUCACUGCUCUCAUGGGAUCGUCGGGCGCUGGUAAGACUACUUUGAUGGAUGUGAUUGCUGGCCGUAAGACUGGCGGUAAGAUCGCCGGUAAGAUCCUGUUGAAUGGCUACGAAGCCAGCGAUCUCGCUAUCCGUCGUAGCACUGGUUACUGCGAGCAGAUGGACGUGCACUCGGAGGCUUCUACUUUCCGUGAAGCGUUGACGUUCAGCUCGUUCCUGCGUCAGGACGCCUCGAUCUCGGACUCCAGGAAGUUCGACUCUGUGAAUGAAUGUAUUGAGCUGCUCGGCCUGGAGGACAUCGCCGACCAGAUCAUCCGUGGCAGCUCAGUGGAACAGAUGAAGCGUCUGACGAUCGGCGUAGAGCUUGCUGCUCAGCCGAGUGUGAUUUUCCUGGACGAACCGACGAGUGGGUUGGACGCUCGCUCCGCUAAGCUGAUCAUGGAUGGUGUUCGCAAAGUGGCCGACUCGGGCCGUACCAUUAUCUGUACGAUCCACCAGCCCUCGUCCGAAGUGUUCUACCUGUUCGACAGUUUGUUGUUGCUCAAGCGUGGUGGUGAAACGGUGUUCUUUGGUGACCUGGGCAAGAACUGCCGCAACCUGAUCGACUACUUCGAGAACAUCCCUGGUGUGGUUCCUCUUCCCAAGGGCUACAACCCAGCUACAUGGAUGCUUGAGUGCAUUGGUGCCGGUGUCGGUAACACCGCCGGUAACCAGACCGACUUUGUGGAAUACUUCAAGAACAGUCCGUACAACGAGCAGUUGGUGGCUAAUAUGGCCAAGGAGGGUAUUACUAUUCCGUCUCCAGACCUGCCUGAAAUGGUGUUCGGCAAGAAGCGUGCUGCCGACUCGAUGACGCAGAUGAAGUUCGUCGUGCGGCGUUACAUUCAGAUGUACUGGCGUACGUCUGCGUACAACUUGACGCGCAUGUUCUUGGCUGUCAUCUUGGCUGUUCUUUUCGGACUCAUUUUCGUAAGUGCCGACUACGCGUCCUAUUCGGGAUUAAAUUCGGGUGUCGGGAUGGUUUUCAUCGCUGCUCUAUUCAACUCCAUGAUGGCGUUCCAGAGUGUCCUACCGCUUUCUUGCUCGGAACGUGCCUCGUUCUACCGCGAACGUGCAUCGCAGACGUAUAAUGCGUUCUGGUACUUUGUGGGUUCGACGCUGGCUGAGAUUCCCUACUGCUUCAUGAGUUCGCUGAUCUUCACUGUGAUCUUCUACCCGUUCGUGGGAUUCCAAGGCUUCGUCCCCGCCGUCUUGUUCUGGUUGAUCUUGUCGCUUUCGAUCCUCAUGCAAGUCUACAUGGGCAUGAUGUUCGCCUACGCGCUUCCGAGCGAAGAAGUGGCUGCUAUUAUCGGCGUUUUGGUGAAUUCGGUCUUCAUCUUGUUUAUGGGCUUCAGUCCUCCGGCGUACGCCAUCCCCUCGGGCUACAAGUGGCUGUACACGAUCUCGCCGAUGAAGUUCCCCUUGUCCGUCAUGGUUGCGCUUGUUUUCGCGGAUUGCGACGAGUUGCCGACGUGGAAUGCGACGACGCAGAUGUACGAGAACGUUGGCUCGAAUCUCGGCUGCCAGCCUAUGGCGAAUUCUCCGGCAGAUGUGGGUCACAUUACUGUGAAAGAGUACACGGAAGAGUACUUUGGCAUGGAGCACGACACGAUCGCUCGCAACUUUGGCGUCGUGAUCGGAUGCAUCGUUGUCUUCCGUAUUUUGGGUCUGUUGGCACUGCGCUUCGUCAACCACCAAAAAAGAUAAACACUAAAGUACAACCAUAUACUAAGUUGCAAGUUGCAACUUGCAACAUACUUCGAAGUACUUCAGAGUACAAUUUUGUCGUGCCAGCCAAUACAUGUACUAAGUAUUUCUUAACAAAAUCCAGACUUCUGAUUGGAUAUAUAAUCACUUACAAUACAUCAAUAUUGAGACAAAUGAGAUAAAAUUUAGGAAGAUAAUACGACAUUCUAGAAAAUUG